CAGUAUCUCUCUGCUAGUUCUUGGUGCAACGUUUUCUAGCUCUGUGGUUGUGUAGUCACGGGCAGGAGAGAUUCAGUAUAAAAUAUCUCACCAGUCGAUCGGCACCGCUCAGUUGUGGUGAUGUUUCAGAGCUGAACGGAAAGAGUGUGCGUUUCUAGUGAAAUUUUACAUCCAUCCACAUCAAUGCUGGAAGUUAGCUUGCUUACGGUGGCAGUGUGCCUUACACUGGCCGUACUGAUCUAUCGCUAUGUUACCAGAAACUAUUACUAUUUUGCCGAUAAGCCGAUUCCCUUCUUGAAGCCCGUUUUCGGCAUUGGCAAUACCGGACCGUUGCUUUUCAAGAAGAGAGACUUUUUUGAACAUUUUACGACGCUGUACCGCAGUUUUCCUGAUGCGAAAGUUUUCGGCUUCUUCAGCAUGACGGAUCCGUUCUACAUGGUGCGCGAUCCGGACAUGGUGAAAAAAAUUACCGUUAAGGAUUUUGACCACUUCGUUGAUCACACCUCUAUGUCGAACGACGAGGAACUGGACAAUCCGCACAUGUUGAUCGCGAACACGCUGGUAGCGCUGCGUGGUAACAAAUGGCGCGAUAUGCGUGCCACGCUUAGUCCAGCCUUCACCGGAAGCAAAAUGAGGCAGAUGUUUACCCUGGUGACCGAAUGUGGACAAAGUAUGGUGCAGUAUUACCGGGAGCAGAGUUCACAGCAGGGACCACCGGUGCUGGAGAUGAAGGAGGUGUUUUCGCGUUUCGCAAACGAUGUAAUAGCCACCACGGCCUUUGGAAUCCAAGUGAACUCCUUCAGGGAGCAGAAUAACGUUUUCUACACACUGGGAAAAACAGUGAGCAAUCCAACCGGCGUACUACAAGCCCUUAAAAUGUUGGGUUACACCUUGUUCCCAAAAUUGAUGUUCAAAUUAAACAUCGACUUCAUCAGUGCGGAACAUGACAAGUUUUUCCGAGGAACUGUAAUGGAAACCAUGAAAGUACGAGAGGAAAAAAACAUUUUCCGGCCGGAUAUGAUUGAACUGUUGAUGCAGGCCAAGAGAGGAAGCUUGAAGCAUCAGACGGACGAGCCGAAGGAAACGACCGGAGAAGGGUUUGCCACCGUCGAAGAGUCCCAGGUGGGCAAAAGAAACCACAAUCGUGUUUGGACCGAUAACGAAUUGAUAGCGCAAGCGUUUAUAUUUUUCUUCGCUGGAUUUGAGACGGUUUCGAUGACUCUCUCGCUGGUGGCAUACGAGAUAACGAGGAACCCUGAUGUACAGGCCAAGUUAUACGAGGAAAUAGUUCGAACUGAAGCGGACCUUGCCGGGAAGCCAUUGACCUACGAAGUGAUACAAGGUAUGAAGUACCUGGAUAUGGUGAUUUCCGAAACACUUCGGCUGUGGCCAAUCGCGACGCUAGUCGAACGAAAAUGUGUAAAGGAUUACCUUUACGACGAUGGUCACGGUUGUCGAUUUACGAUCGAGAAGGGAAAAAGUGUAUUUGUGAGCGCCAUCGGACUUCACCGUGAUCCACAGUAUUACCCGGAGCCGGAAAAGUUCGACCCGGAACGGUUCAGCGAAGAAAACCGAAGUAAGAUUAAUAUGAACACAUACUUGCCCUUCGGUAUCGGGCCAAGAAACUGCAUUGGUUCUCGAUUCGCUCUGAUGGAAAUGAAGGCAAUCGUUUACUACUUACUGCUGAAUUUUAGUUUCGAAGUGCACGAGAAGACUCAAAUUCCACUUAAAUUCGAAAAAUCACCCACUCGAUUGAAGCCGGAAAAAGGAAUUUGGGUGGAAUUCAGACCGAGAGCUUCCAGUUGAACUGUGUUACACUACUAAUGUAAUAUCUAUAUAGAAAUAAAUAUACAAAUUUCCAUAUCAUA